AUGGCCCGUUUUGUGGAUCUUCCUUGCCCUGGCCGGCCUUCAUCCACCCUGACACGAGCGAUUCUCGAGAUGAAGCUCCAGGCCCGCUGGUUGAUCGGCGACCGCGUGCGCCUGCGCGACCUGACUGACGCCAAGGUGGUUCGCAUCGAGGCGCACCGCAAGAGGCCCUACGACUUGGUGCAGCUCACCACGAGCGAGGGGCGCUUCACAGUGUCCAAGGAUCAUCGCGUGGCAGUGCCUGGGCCAGGCUGCCAGGGAGCCCAACGUGCAGAUCAGCUGAGUGAGGGUGACCUGGUCAUUGUGGGUGGGAAAAACCAGAAGCUCACCAAGGUCUCCCACCUGCAGGAGUGCACAGUCUUAUACGAGGUGGUAUUCGAGGAGGAUCAAUCUGUGCAGAUGUUUCACAUUGAGAGCUAUGGCUUGGUAACCUUCGGUUCAGCUGUCGCAGCCGAGAGCGCUGCCAGCGCGUGGACGUUGUAG